CCGUUCAAGCCACACCUUCACUGCUCAAGGCUGACUGACGCCCGCAACAGCUCCCAGGACCAUCUUUGUACCAAUAUCUCGUGUUGAGGUACCCUUAUUGGACAUUGUACAGCGGUUUGGCUUCGUUCGAAAGUAACAGCAUCGUCAGGACCACAGCUUCUUGUUGCACCGACAAUAUACAUCACCCCUUCUCCCCUAUUCCUUUGACACCCCAUUCCUGCCCAAGCUUGCGAGCUGCCGUUCCACCCCACGCUGCAUCCCACUUUCGAUGCCGACCAGUCUUGACCGCUGCCUGGACCCUCGAUGGGUGCUGGGAUUGAAGGUUGUGGAAUGAAGGAACUGUCGAAAUAGCCAGAAAACAAAACCAUGUCGACCCUCCAGGUAUCGAGGCGUUAUCGCUCCUCCACCUCGGCGUCGUCCCGAUCAUCCAGCGCCGCCAACUCGAAAGCUCUCGAAAUCCUGCGCGGUAUCCUCGACACCCUCGCCGCCGGCACCCAAAGACGAACCAACGACGGCUACCCCGAAUUUCCUGUACUUGUCAAGAGCCUACGCCAAAUUCGACAGCAUGUCGCUGCGCCUGAACCUCCGAGCUCGCCCCAAGAUGACUUUAGACACCUCCACGGCUUCCACCGUCUCCUCGAUGUGUUGCGAUCCUACUCCGGCUUCUACAACCCCCAGCGCCGCACGAAAGAGGAAAAGGAGGGAUUGUUUGGCCUGCUCGAAGCUGUGCUGGACGUCUUCGCCGCGGCAUUCAUAGACCAUCCGGGAAACAAGCGUUACUUUCGUCAUCGCGUGGAAGGCGGCGGUUGGGAGGCCCUCGAACAGACCAUCGCCAGCGUUGGGCUUGGCGGAAGCGACUCAGACCUCUGGACCAAUUGCCAGUUCUUUGGGAAGCUCUUGUCAUUCUCGCUUGGUGACAGCAAAGUAGACGCCCUUUGUCAAUCCAUCGCCACAAGCCAAGAAACAUACGACAGAGGCGCCAAGACGAACAACCUGGAAGAGACCCCUGAGAGCGACGAGAAGCAGGCAGAAGCGUCGGCGACCCCCAAAGCAAGAGACAUAGGCCAAGAAGUGCGCGAUGCCAUCCAAAAAAAGGCCGUCUUCCGGAACCCCGAAAUCCUGCGAGCUGUUGUGGGUUUCUGGGAGUCUAUACCGAGAGCGCAGGACAUGCCAGCCAACCCCUGCUCGAUGGUAGUCCUGGAGCUCAUGUCGAGCAUCGUUUCAAUCUCCACGUUCAAUCUCGCGGCUCUACAUGCUACGGGGGUGCUCUCGCGCUUGCUUCGCGUUCUGUUCGAUCCCGCCCCGAAGCUUGACCAGGCCGAGAAGGAUAAACUGCUCAUCGUUUGCAAGAAGCUCAUGUACUUGGGCUUCAACCAGCCCGCAGACACCCAGUUCUUGCUCGCAAGCGCCUCGCCAGAAGCUUCCGAGUUCAGUCUCGAGAUGACUUCAACAUACAGCGGCCCCCCUUUCUUCCAAUUCGAUCUUUCGCUUCACGGCCAUUCCUCCAUCGAGCUGCCAACACUUGGCCGGCCGUUCCCACCCAACUCAUCGCCAGGAUACACCUUUACCGCUUGGGUUCGCGUGGACCGGUUCGAUCCUAACUCUCACACCACACUCUUCGGCGUCUUCGAUGCUACUCAGACUUGCUUUCUCCUCAUGUAUCUCGAGCGGGAUACCCGCAACUUCAUCCUGCAGACCUCAGUCACAUCCAGCCGGCCUAGCGUCAGGUUCAAAGGCAUGUCGUUCAAAGACAAGCAAUGGUACCACAUUGCUCUCGUCCACAGACGACCCAAAACAAUGAUUGCUAGCAAAGCCUCACUGUACGUCAAUGGAGAGUUUGUGGAGCAAAUUAAAUGUGCCUACCCUUCAUCGCCACCAUUUGCGAAUGGCAGCACAGAAAGCUUCGCAUCCUUUGCCUCCACCAAUGCCAAGCCACACCCAGUUCAAGCAUUCUUGGGGACACCGAGGGAUCUAUCGAGCCAGCUUGGUGCCGGAUUGGUAUUCUCAAAAUGGUCUCUGGCCUCCGCGCAUCUCUUCGAAGACGUCCUGAGCGACGAUUUUCUUGCUGUACACUACGGCCUCUCUCCGAAGUAUCAGGGCAACUUUCAGGAUAGCCUCGGCGGCUUUCAGACGUACGAAGCUUCUGCGAGCCUGGGCUUGAGAAACGAGGUUUUCCACCCCGGUAGGGAUGAGAGCUCCGACAUCAUUAGGGCCAUCAGAGACAAGGCUGGCAGUCUGCUACCCGAAAGCAAGAUUCUCCUUAGCAUACUUCCAGCCGGCGUCUUUCGAGAGGAUGGUGUUUACCAGGACACUCAGCUCUACCGUGCUUUACCCCGGCCUGCAGCAACAAACCUCAUUCAAAUGACCCACAGAAGCGGCUCUGCCAUUGUCAUCAAUGCUGCGCUGCCAUGCCUCCUGGAUGCAUUGGCGCGUUCUCAAGGGGUGGCCAUCCUGACCGGAAACCCCGUGGUGGUGACGCCCUCCUACUUUGACGACAAUUUCUGGCGCCUUGCCGGCUUCACUCCCCUAGCUCUCAAGAUUGUCGAGAGAGCAACCUCGGUCGAGGAAACUGUCCGUGCUGUCGAGAUGACGUUCCUCUGCAUCAAGAAGAGCUGGAGGAAUAGCGAGGCAAUGGAGCGCGACAACGGCUAUGCCAUUCUUGGCAUGCUCUUGAGAGCCAAACUGGGUUACACAGUCAACCUCGGCGCUGACAACGGCAACUUGCGGCUGCCAAUUACAAGUGAAGAGAGGGACAGACUGAGCUUUCAACUCCUCAGUCUUGUCCUUGACUUUGUGGGGUACAAUCACACAGAGCCCCUCGAGUCCUUCAUUGUGAAUCCCCUGGCUUACCGGAUUCUACUCAUUGACUUUGAUACUUGGAGACGGUCAGCUUCCAUCACUCAGGAACUCUACUAUAAGCAGUUUGUGACCUUCUCUGCCAAGAGCAAGUAUCACCAGUUCAACAGCAGGCGGUUAAUGCGCAUGAGAAUUGUGAAACGGUUGCUUGAUGCCAUGAAAGCAGAGUCAAUUACUGAGGAGGUGCUGACACACUUCAUGACUGCUUUAGAGCAACUUGUAAAAUGUAACUACACAGCCGAAGUGCACAGGUCUCUCGCUUUGUUCAUCACGUAUGCAUACCAUUCACCGACAACCUCCCUGGUCAGGUCCCCCCGACCAAUCUCUGCGAUUGCGCGAACCCCUGCCUCCUCCGGAUUCGCAAGACGAGCCACCUUCGAUUCCAACAGCACCUCGAGUGCGCCUCCUACCCGGUUUCUCACUAAGAAGCAGCUUGGUGCCAAGAUACUGGGGAUAUACUCGGACCUCCUUUGCGAGAAAGGCAACCUGGCCAACAUCCGCAAGUUUGCUAGGACAGUGACGAACAAGUGGUUGCUGUACCUCCUGGCCAGUGACGACCCCGAGACCGUGGUAUACGGCAGCAAAAUCCUGGCUAGACUGCUCAUCACCCACGGCUCCGCGUAUACGGCCAAGUUCUCCGUGAAGACUGGUGGCUUCACCAUUAUGGCCCAUCGACUUAAACGCUGGUGGUAUGUCCCUUCGUUGUGGCCGAUUUGCUUUAGCAUCCUGUUUGGAUUUGAUGUCGCCAACGUCGACCUCGAACGCAACUUCGAUUUCUCCAAUCUGCUCGAAACCUUCGGCAAGGCCCGGGUCCUCUAUCCGGAAUGUCUUCAAGUCUUGACGUCGAUGUUGCAACAUGGGCUCAAGGACGUUAUGAGGCAUCAAGAGGACCCGAACUCGCCCCAAAAGCCACACAACCUUCAAGCAAGCGGGUUUGAUGGACUAGAAACACGGCCCCGAGCAAAGUCGAUGGAAACCAGGGGUAUUGACUCGAGGGUUGCAGAGAACACCCAGCGCGAUGGUGAAGCGAUAACAGAUCACGCGCCGAUGCUUCUCACGGUCAUUCGAUUUUUGUCAGACUUGCACUCACGCUCUACCAACUUCAAGGACUUUACCUUGACGUCUGAGUACGUGAGGUACCUGUUGUGGGCGUGUUACCCCAUCAUCGUUAGCACCGAUGCAGUCACCCCAGAUACCGAGCUCAACUCACGAGACUCGGCCCUCACGUUUGAAGGCGGCGACGUGAUAAUUCGUCCUCUUGCCGGUUCUCAGCCUGGCCCCAUUGUCCGCACAACAAGCACGGACGCGAUUGCGACAAUGGCAGGCAACCCCCGCGGAACUCCUCUCCGGAAGGCGUCUGGAUUCGUGCUGCUCACGAACCAAACAUCUCCCCAGUCCCCCAGCCCCGCACGCUUUGCCCCGGUCAUGUCACCGAAGAAAAAGGUCGCGUCGCAGCAAUCGAGCAGCGCAACCCUUGAUGGCUUGGUGGAGCUCGUCAUCAGUGUCUUCCUUGACCAGGUCUUUACACGAAAGGAGUUCCCAGGCUUCAGUCUGUUUCUCAGGGUGCCGCCAGGAUUCCAAGAGCACCAGGCUUAUUUUGAAUCCUUCAUCCUGAGAAAAACGCUUCAACAACUUGGUAACCACGUCCAAACCAACCAGAAGGUACUGUGCGAGCCCAAGGUCCUUACAAACAUGGGCAGACUGGCUGCACAUGUCACGGACACGAUCUUCGAAGGAUGGUUUAUCGACGGAACAGAGCCAAUGCUGGAGUUUUCCGGUACGGUGCUAGAGUACCUCCAACGGCCCGAAGUUUCCACCCUGAAAAGUGUUCGCCUGUGCAGCCAAGCAGUGACGACGAUGCGCCAAUGUUUCCUCAAGCUUCUUUUGCUGAGGUUCUCCGAACUGGACGAUUCCGAUACACCCGACUCCAGCGCAAAGGACUUUAUGAGCAAGAUUCUGUACUGGCAGUCGCCAAUUCUCGGCUGCCUCUCGAACGAGGAGGAGUUUAUGAAGCUUUUCUGGUACCAGCUGUAUACAAAGCUGGUCGACCCUCGAGUAGCCAUCAGGACUGCCACAGCCACCAUUAUGCGCAUUAUGCUUGUACAAAAACCACAUGAGUCUAAGGUUCUGUUCCGACAAUGUGUGGCGGCAGACCAGCAACAAUUGACCAAGGAAUUUGUUGUGAAGCUCACCGAGGUUGACGAUGAGGCUUUUCUUGAAUGGGUGGACAAGCAUCGGGCGUCCCUUGACGCCUUCUUCUUCGGCGGUAUUUCAAAGAUCUGGGAAGAGUUUGUCGUUGUCGAAAAUCAGCGAACAAUCGAUUCGGCUAAGUUCCGAUUAGCGAAGCGCAGAGACCGGCUCAAAGCAUGGCAAACGGAAGCACUCACCAUUGACAACAUUCUCAUCCGCCAUGACAUGGCCAAUGGUGCUUGGAUGAAGAGCAUCUUCACUAGCGAGCACUUCAAGCAUCAGCGCUUGAUGCAGGACCAGCAAGAUGACAUGGCCUUCCUGGCCGCGGCGUUUGUCAAGAUGGACAACGACUUGCGACGUCCUGGUGCCGUUUUCAGCGAGCAUACGCAGCUCAAAUGGAAGCUCGACCGAACCGAGGGGCGAAACCGGAUGCGUCUGAGGCUUCUACCCGACUAUUCCAAGAAGCACGCCGACUACCAGCCAAAGAGGAGAGCAGGGGAGCCCACGACCCCGUCUGCCCUCAAGGUGAACACCACCAUGUCCGCCGCUCAGAUUGCGCCUUCACCGAUCAAGUCAGCUACACCAGCAUCGUCCCGUAUGCAGUCUAUCCCCAGUCUCGAUGGUGACGCAGGAGGUUCCGAGACACCGGCCGAGGCGGAUCAGGAGGAGGAAGAAGAAGCGAACGAGUCCGGUGUCGGUGCCGAAGAAGACUUCGAAAUGGUUGACGAUCCCAACGACGCCAACGAGGGAGACGAUGGGUUCGAGGACAAGAAUCGCAAAGUCAUGAGACGUCUCGAACAGGGAGAUCAAGUCCAGGCGGUGUACAACAUCUCACGCAUCGUUGGGUUGGAGGGCUGUGAGGGUAUCCUGAUCAUCGGAAAGGACGCACUGUACAUCAUGGACAACGUCUUUCAGUGCGCUUCUGGCGAGAUUGUCAACGCGUGGCAAGCUCCCCCCGAGGAACGAGACCCCUUCUCAGAGAUCAUCACAGAUGCCAAGACCACAGAGCAACGCCAGAGCUCCAGUCGCAGCGAGCAAGAGUCGCGAAGCUGGAGGUGGCACGACGUCAUCAGUAUCUCCAAAAGACGUUUCUUGUUCCGGGAUGUCGCCAUCGAAGUCUUCUUCACAGAUGGACGCAGCUACUUACUGACGUCUAUCAACCCAGCCCUGAGAGAUGAGGUCUUUGGCAAAUUGAUGAACAAAGCACCGCACACCAACGCUGCCAGCUCAUUGCCCAACCCCGAGGAUGCUUGGCGCCUCGAAGCCCUCAAGGUUUCCGAGGAGAUGCCCCAAGGCUUCGGCUCCAAGUUCGGUAGCAUUUUCAACUCAACGCCCUGGAACCCCGCCAUGAAGAAGUGGCAGAAGGGGGAGAUGUCCAACUUUCACUACCUCAUGCUUGUCAACACGAUGGCCGGCCGGACGUUCAACGAUUUGACGCAGUAUCCUGUCUUCCCGUGGGUUCUCGCGGACUACACGAGCGAGGAGCUGAAUCUCAACGACCCUGCAACCUUCCGAGACCUCUCAAAGCCCAUGGGUGCCCAGACAGCCGGCCGUGUCUCGGGCUUCAGGGAGUCGUACAACGCCCUGGCCGAGAUUGGAGAGACUCCUUUCCAUUACGGUACUCAUUACUCUUCGGCCAUGAUCGUGUCUUCCUAUCUCAUUCGCCUCCCGCCUUUCGUUCAAUCAUAUAUCCUCCUCCAGGGUGGGUCUUUCGACCACGCGGACCGUCUCUUUCAGUCCAUACCCCAUGCGUGGAAGUCUGCAUCCUGCGACAACAAGGCAGAUAUCAGGGAGCUGAUCCCCGAGUUCUUCUGUCUUCCGGAGUUCUUGACCAACAUCAACCAAUACAACUUUGGCAACCGGGAGAGCACGGGGGCGAGGGUUAACAACGUCGUGCUGCCUCCCUGGGCCAAGGGAGACCCCAAGAUUUUCAUCACCAAACAUCGUGAGGCACUCGAAAGCCCGUACGUUAGCCAGCAUCUCCACAGCUGGAUUGAUCUGGUGUUCGGUUUCAAGCAGAGGGGCGACGCCGCUGUUGACAACCUAAACGUUUUCCAUCAUCUCUCGUACAGGGGCGCCACGGACCUGGACAACAUCAGUGAUCCGCAGGAGAGACGAAUCACGGCUGGGGUCAUCCACAACUUUGGCCAAACACCUCACCAAGUGUUUACUCGACCCCAUCCUGCUCGUGAGCAGGUCUCUUGUCCGAUCCGGCGACUUGACACUUCCGUCUAUGCUCUUACCAGGCUGUCUCACCCAUUACUCGAAUCGCGCGAAAGAGUGGCUUCUCUGAUUUACUCGCCCAAGAUUGACCGUCUCAUCUGCGCGUCGCCCUUCCGUCUGAACGUUGCGCCCUAUGACAAGUUCCUCGAAUGGGGUUACGCCGACAAUAGCAUCCGCUUCUUCUUUAGCGAUAACCGGAAGCCUGCGGGACUGUUUGAGAACCUCCACAUAGGGCAGCUGUCUUGCGCUACCUUUGCGGAUUCCAAGACACUGAUCACAGCGGGAGAAGACUGCGUCAUAUCAGUGUACGCUGUGCAGACGGCUCCUGGAAAAGUAGUGGACCUGCUCCCCCGCUCAUCGCUUUUCGGUCACCGCGCUCCUGUGACGAGCAUCGCAGUGUCCAAGUCCUUCAGCACGUUUGUAUCGGUCUCGACCGAUGGCCAAGCCUUCGUUUGGGAUCUCAAUCGUCUCGAAUUCAUUCGCAAGCUGCCGUUCUCGCGGCCCGUCGAAUGCGCCCGAAUUAACGACGUAUCUGGCGAGAUCAUGCUGGGAUCCGGUCCGAACGUGAUUCUCUACACCAUCAAUGGCACCGUCAUCAUUGAUCAGAAUGUUUGCGCAGAACCCGACGACUAUGUACAUUCGUGUGCUUUCUAUGAAGGUGCCGGCAACGAGUGGCUUGAGAACUAUCUCGUCUUCACCGGCCACAAGAGAGGCCGUGUGAAUGUGUGGAAGAAGUGCGUCAAGAACGGCAAGUGGGUGUUGGAGCUGCUUCGACGGCUGGACCAUGUUGAUCCGCGCUCGGAGGUGGGCGCCAACUACGACGCGGGUGUGACUUGCAUCACGCCUAUGCCGCAGUGCGUCUACACCGGCGAUGAUGAUGGGCGAGUGUACGAGUGGAAUCUUGUUCAGCGGGACAGAUAGAGUCUGGACGGCACCAAAAGUUCUACCCAGGGUAGCAAGCGUUUUCGAGGCUUUCGGGCGAGUUUAUAAAGGGGAGCAUAGCGGAUAUCUUCCAGGCUAGCAUAGAAUUGGCGUCUCCAUCUUAACACACCUUGACCACACGAUACCGGAGGCUUGUUGCGCAUGUUACAAGUGUGGACUAACGGAGCCUGGCGUAAUUGGUAGUGUACAGAAUGAGCUCUGGUAUCGAUCUUCCUUGUGGAAGCAAUUCGUGAGCUACAAGUUCCGAUCCGGCAGGCCGGCCACAGCCCAAUGCCCCUCCUCCUGCUUGCUGUC